AUGGGUUUUGAUUCGGAGAAAUUUAUUUUAAAUAUAUCCGAGGACAAGAAAUGUGCACUGUGUGCUUGUGUAUUGGAUAAUCCAGUGAAAACACCUUGUGAUCACAUAUUUUGUUCAGGAUGUAUUUUACCAUGGGUUGUGCGACGCGGAAAGUGUCCGAAAGACUGUCAGGUUUUAACACCUCAUGAUUUGGAUAACUUACUGCCUCUCAGGCAAACCAUAUUGGAUAUGGUAGUCAAAUGCGACUUCGUAGAAAGAGGAUGUGGGGUGACUUUCAGACUGAUGGAUUUAGUUUCUCACACCCAAGACUGUGCUUUCAGACCUGUUACAUGCGAAAACUAUGGGUGUGGGGCAACUCUUAAUGCUGGUGAUUUAGUCCAUCAUGAAGCGGACGAGUGCAUGUUCCGACCAGUUGGGAUCUGUCAGAAGGGUUGUGGUCAGGUGCUUCUCCAAAAUAACCAAGAUAACCAUGACUGUUUGGAAGCCCUUAAAUUGCACAUUAACCAACAGGAGUUAAGGAUAGGAACUCUGUCAGAGGAUCUUAAACGACAGAAUUUCAAGCAUGAAAAGAGAGAAAAGGGUCUGUUGGGUAAAGUUACCGAUCUACAUAAUGAUUUAAAGAAUCAAGCUAUGAAAUUUGAAAACAAACUAUCGGAAUGUAAACAGCAUUUAACUCGUCUAAGCAUGGUAGGAAUGAGGUUAGCUUGGGAGAAAAAUGUCAAAAUAAAAGAUCCAUAUUGCAGAUGUUGGCCUCAGCUUCAGACGUGGGAUAUUGAGAGUGUUGAUAUCAAGGUUAUUAUGUUGGAGCGAGAUAAAAAAGGAUCACUUGGUUUUAAUAUAAUGGGUGGUUUUACGGGCAUGCAUACCAUAUUGAAAUUCCUUAAAACUAUGCUUUGA